UUAAACAAUAUGGUGUUUAUCGUCAGUGCCAGAACUCGUGACAAACUAGCUGACUGGUUUUCUCCGUGUGAAAAUCUUGGAAUUGCAGCUGAGCACGGCUAUUUUCUGAGGCUGAAGCGGGAUGAAGAAUGGGAAACGUGUGUACCGGUGGUAGAUUGUAGUUGGAAGCAGAUUGCAGAACCGGUUAUGAAGCUUUACACAGAGACAACUGAUGGGUCCACGAUUGAGGAUAGAGAAACGGCAUUGGUUUGGUGCUACGAGGAUGCAGAUCCUGAUUUUGGAUCGUGCCAAGCUAAGGAACUUCUUGAUCAUCUUGAAAGCGUGCUUACCAAUGAGCCUGUUACAGUCAAAAGCGGGCAGAACAUUGUGGAGGUCAAGCCACAGGUAUGAAUUAAUUACUUAUAGAACAAUUAUUCAUGUAGUUUGUCUUUGGUAUUUGUAUCUCCAAUUGGUUGGGGUGGAUUGAGGGAAGACAAGAAGUGUUUUCGGAAAAUGAAAACAGAAAACAAAAACAGAACCAAACAGAAGUUUCUUGCAGCAUAACCC